CUCCCAUAUUCUAGACUCACUAACAAAUUCACAACAACAAACAAAAAAAAAAAUGAUGAUCGGAGAAAAUAAUUAUAAGCGGCCACAUCCGACCAUCCAUAUCCCUCAAUGGGACUCAAUCAACGAUCCAACAUGCACAAUCUCUUCACCAUUCUCUAACGGCGUUAACGAUCACCCACACUCUCCGUCACCGUUUCUCGACUCCUUCACUUCUCUCUACCGUUACCUCCCGUCAAACGAGUUAACGAACGAUUCAGACGAGUCAUCACUCACCGACGAGUUUCACAUGUACGAGUUCAAGAUCCGACGAUGCGCGAGAAGCCGAUCUCAUGACUGGACUGAGUGUCCGUUCGCUCAUCCCGGAGAGAAAGCACGACGGAGAGAUCCGAGGAAGUUUCAUUACUCCGGCACCGCUUGUCCUGAGUUUCGUAAAGGGAGUUGUAGGAGAGGUGACUCGUGUGAGUUCGCUCACGGUGUUUUCGAGUGUUGGCUUCAUCCUUCUCGUUACCGUACUCAGCCGUGUAAAGACGGAACGAGUUGCCGGAGAAGAAUCUGUUUCUUCGCUCAUACGACGGAGCAGUUACGUGUUUUGCCUUGUUCCUUAGAUCCAGAUCUUGGUGGAUUCUUCUCUUCGAAAUCAGGCUUAGCUACUUCUCCGACUUCGACCCUCGGAUCUCCACAUUCGGAAUCUCCGCCGCUUUCUCCGAGCACCGGUGAACUCAUUGCGUCGAUGAGGAAGAUGCAGUUGAACGGAGGUGGUUCGUGGAGUUCGCCGAUGAGAUCUGGACUUAGGUUACCUUUUUCGUCGUCUUUGCGUCCGAUUCAAGCGCCGACGUGGCCGAGAAUUAGGGAGUUUGAGAUCUGGGAGAGUGAACGUGAAGAAGAAGCUCCGGCGAUGGAGUUUGUGGAAUCUGGGAAAGAACUGAGAGCCAAGAUGUACGCGAAACUCAGUCGAGAAAACUCACUCGGUUGAGUUAACCCGGUUCUGUUAACCGAGUCUAUGAUGAUGUGGCAGUUCUAUCCAGUUUGACUCGACUAUUUUAUUUUUGUGAAUAUUUGGAGAGUUUUUUAGUUGGGUAGAUAAAUGACGUGGCAAAUCAAUCUUAUCGUCGUUUUGUAACUGAUACUUGGGAGGCCUUUCUACAAUUUGUUUGGCAUUUUCGUAUUUUACUUAUUUUGUUUUCUUUUGCCAUUGGUUUUAUUUUGUUGUGUAUUAGUGUUAUGUCAUUUUGUAAUUAGUUCUAAAUGUAUUUGGAUUUUUGCAAAUUUGUUUUAUUUCGUCUAUGUACAAAAUUGUAAAGUAGACAAAAAUAUUCAACAACAAA